CUGAAUAUGACGGCAGAGAUUUGGGACGUCAUUAUUGUUGGUGCCGGACUCUCUGGAUUGAGUGCAGCUUAUUUGCUCAAAAAAAGGAAUGACAAAUUAAGGAUACUGAUACUGGAAGGAAAAGAUCGAGUGGGUGGCCGCACUAUGUCCAAGGAAAUUCCAGCCUGGAAAGGUGUUGAUCGGUGGGACUUUGGAGGGCAAUGGGUUGGCAGCACUCAAACACACAUCAUGGAGCUCAUAAAGGAACUGGGUCUGGAGAUUUACCCACAGUAUAAUUCUGGCAAGAAGGUGCACCAGAUUGGUGGGCCUGAUGCAAAAGUCCGCACCUACAAAACAAGCAUCCCUACUUUAUCCCCACUAGUUCUAAUGGACUUCACCCAGUUCCUGUGGAAGAUUGAUAGACUAUGUGCCACAGUGUGUGUCCAGGACCCCUCGAGAACUCCCAAUGCUCUGGAGUUGGAUAGUAUGACCCUGCACUCCUACAUUGAGCAACAUGUCUGGACUCGAGAGCUGAAAGAAGAGAUGGAGCUGUCUAGCAGGGCUGUGUUUGGCAUGGAGCCAGCCCAGAUGUCCUUCCUGUUCUUCCUCAUGUAUGCUGCAGCAGCUGGAGGAGUACUGGCACUGCUCGAAAACACUCCAGGCUCUGCUCAGGAGUUCAAAGUCAAGGGCGGCACCCAACAGCUUUCCGAGUGUCUGGCAGAACGUGUUGGGUGGGAGAAUGUCCGGCUGGGCUCUGCUGUGACGGCCAUAUGGCAGGAUGUUGAGUGGGCCAAGGUGAAGACUGCCACAAACACCUUCCUGUGUAGAGCUGUGAUUGUCACCUGCCCCCCUCAUUUAGCAGCCAAGAUCCACUAUCAGCCAGCCCUGCCCAUCCAAAGAGAGUACCUCACCCAGAACAUGCCUGUAGGACACAUGAUAAAGUUCAUUAUCACCUACAAAACAGCUUUCUGGCGGGAGAGGGGCUUCUCUGGGGAGAUUGUGGCACGACCCUCCAGUGAAUGCCCAUUCUGCGUUACCUUUGAUGCGACAAGCCCCAGCGGUAAUGCUGCACUGGUAGGCUUCAUCGCUGCCCAGCAAGCCUCUCAGUGGAGCUCCAGAGAGAUUGGAGAGAGGAGAAAAGCUGUGGUUGCCAGUUUGAUAAAAUACCUAGGUCCUGAGGCUGCAUCAUUCAUCCACUAUGAAGAGAAAGACUGGGCGAAGGAGGACUACAGCGGGGGGUGCCCUGUUAAUGUCAUGGCACCAGGUCUUCUAACAUAUUACCACCCCAGCCUGAGGAAACCCUGUGGGAGGAUCCACUGGGCCGGCACUGAGACAGCCACUCAGUGGUGCGGCUACAUGAGCGGCGCGGUGCAGGCCGGUCAGCGAGCAGCUCUGGAGGUCCUGGCUGAACUGUGUCCCCUGACCCUGACUCUGGAGGAGCAGGAAGCACUACGGCACAGUCAGGCUGCCAACACCCCAGUCGAGCGAACCACGUCAUCAUCCCAACGCUCCUGCCUCUGCAGAGCCGCGGUUAUAGCAACACUUACAGUGAGUGCUGCUUUCCUGCUGGCUCGGCAUCAAAAUGCAUUGUAUAGGGUCAAAUCAUGCUUCGGACAUGUGUUGGCAACAACCAAAUUAAGUGCUUUUCUGUUGUAA